UGUAGAUCAGGAAAAGGGAAGGGAACAGUUGUUGGCCAGCUUAUUUAGGAUCAAAACAUAAAUAAACUGGUUUUAAAGGCAACCGACAUCAGAGGUCCCCUGGGAUAUCGCCUUCGGAGACUUUCCGGUCACCGUUGGCGGCCUGACCAGAGUCGUGGUGACUAUUUUAAAGGCUGUUCCUGCUCACAAAGCGGCGUGCCGAGGAAGGACGCGUCUCUUUGAAUAGACAGGAUGCACGGACCGCCCUCCGGCGACAGCGCAUGCCCAUUGCGCACGAUCAAGAGAGUUCAGUUCGGCAUCAUCAGCCCAGAUGAGCUUAAACGGAUGUCCGUUACUGAAGGGGGGAUCAAAUACCCCGAAACAACAGAGGGUGGGCGUCCUAAACUUGGUGGCCUUAUGGACCCAAGACAAGGGGUCAUAGAACGAAGUGGAAGAUGUCAGACAUGUGCAGGCAACAUGACGGAGUGUCCAGGACACUUUGGGCACAUAGAACUGGCAAAGCCAGUUUUCCAUGUCGGCUUUGUAACAAAGAUAAUGAAGGUUCUACGGUGUGUGUGCUUCUUUUGCUCCAAGCUAUUAGUGGAUUCGAAUAAUCCAAAGAUCAAAGACAUCCUGAUAAAAUCUAAAGGGCAGCCAAGGAAACGUUUGACACAUGUGUACGAGCUGUGCAAAGGAAAAAAUAUCUGUGAAGGGGGAGAGGAGAUGGACAACAAAUUUGGCAUGGAACAGCAGGAGACUGAGGAGGACAUUACCAAGGAGAAGGGUCAUGGUGGUUGUGGGCGCUACCAGCCACGUAUCAGACGCUCUGGCUUGGAGCUGUAUGCCGAGUGGAAGCACGUUAAUGAGGAUUCUCAGGAGAAGAAAAUCCUGCUGAGCCCUGAACGUGUGCAUGAGAUCUUCAAGCGCAUCGCAGAUGAAGAGGAUGUCAUCUUGGGCAUGGACCCCAAGUUCGCCCGACCAGAAUGGAUGAUCGUAACAGUGUUGCCUGUGCCUCCGCUGGCUGUGAGGCCUGCUGUAGUCAUGCAGGGCUCUGCUCGCAACCAGGAUGACUUGACACACAAACUGGCUGACAUUGUCAAGAUCAACAACCAACUGAGAAGAAACGAGCAGAGUGGUGCAGCAGCUCACGUCAUAGCAGAGGACGUCAAACUGCUUCAGUUUCAUGUUGCCACCAUGGUGGACAAUGAAUUGCCAGGCCUGCCAAGGGCAAUGCAAAAGUCUGGCCGCCCUCUCAAAUCCAUAAAACAGCGUCUAAAGGGGAAGGAAGGCCGAGUCCGAGGUAACCUGAUGGGAAAGCGUGUGGACUUCUCUGCCCGAACUGUCAUCACCCCAGACCCCAACCUACAAAUCGACCAAGUCGGCGUACCACGAUCAAUCGCAGCCAACAUGACCUUCCCAGAAAUCGUCACACCCUUUAACAUUGACAGAUUGCAAGAGCUCGUACGAAGAGGCAACAGCCAGUACCCUGGAGCCAAAUACAUCAUUCGUGACAACGGAGACAGAAUUGAUCUGCGAUUUCACCCCAAACCAAGUGACCUUCAUUUGCAGAUUGGCUACAAGGUGGAAAGGCAUAUGUGUGAUGGGGACAUCGUCAUCUUCAACCGACAGCCCACACUACAUAAAAUGUCCAUGAUGGGGCACAGAGUUCGAAUUCUGCCCUGGUCUACAUUUCGACUCAACCUCAGUGUCACCACCCCAUACAAUGCUGACUUUGACGGGGAUGAGAUGAACCUCCACCUGCCUCAGUCCCUUGAGACAAGGGCAGAAAUUCAGGAGUUGGCCAUGGUGCCGCGUAUGAUUGUCACACCCCAGUCCAACAGGCCCGUUAUGGGUAUUGUGCAGGACACCCUCACAGCUGUGCGUAAAUUUACCAAAAGAGACGUCUUCUUAGAGAGGGGUGAAGUGAUGAACCUCCUCAUGUUCCUCUCCACCUGGGAUGGGAAAAUGCCGCAGCCGGCCAUCCUCAAGCCCCGUCCCCUGUGGACAGGCAAGCAGAUCUUCAGCCUCAUCAUUCCCGGACACAUCAACGUCAUCCGAACGCACAGCACCCACCCUGACGAGGAAGACAGCGGCCCUUACAAACACAUCUCACCCGGAGACACAAAGGUCAUAGUGGAAAACGGUGAGUUGAUCAUGGGCAUCUUGUGUAAGAAGUCUCUGGGAACCUCAGCUGGCUCCCUUGUCCACAUUUCCUACCUGGAGAUGGGUCAUGACAUCACCAGGCUCUUCUACUCCAACAUUCAGACUGUGGUCAACAACUGGCUGCUCAUUGAGGGUCAUUCCAUUGGUAUUGGUGACUCCAUUGCUGACGCAAAGACUUACCUUGACAUCCAGAAUACCAUCAAGAAAGCCAAACAGGAUGUGAUAGAAGUUAUCGAGAAAGCCCAUAACAACGAGCUGGAGCCAACCCCUGGUAACACCCUGAGGCAGACCUUUGAGAACCAGGUGAAUCGUAUCCUGAACGACGCCCGUGACAAAACGGGAUCCUCUGCCCAGAAGUCUCUAUCAGAGUACAACAACUUCAAGUCCAUGGUGGUGGCCGGUUCUAAGGGGUCAAAGAUUAACAUCUCACAGGUUAUUGCCGUAGUGGGGCAGCAGAACGUGGAGGGUAAACGAAUCCCCUUUGGCUUCAAACACCGCACACUGCCUCACUUCAUCAAGGAUGAUUACGGCCCUGAGAGCAGAGGCUUCGUAGAGAACUCCUACCUGGCCGGUCUGACUCCAACGGAGUUCUUCUUCCACGCCAUGGGAGGCAGAGAGGGUCUCAUCGACACAGCUGUCAAGACUGCCGAGACAGGUUACAUCCAGCGUCGUCUGAUCAAGUCUAUGGAGUCUGUGAUGGUGAAGUACGACGGAACGGUGCGUAACUCCAUCAACCAGGUGGUCCAGCUGCGCUACGGGGAGGACGGCCUUGCGGGAGAGAACGUUGAGUUCCAAAACCUGGCGACAGUCAAACCCUCACACAAAGCUUUUGAAAAGAAGUUUAAGUUCGACUGCACCAAUGAGCGAGCGUUGAGGCGAACACUGCAGGAAGACGUGGUAAAAGACGUGCUGACCAACGCCCACGUUCAGGGUUCUUUGGAGAAGGAGUUUGAGAAGAUGAGAGAGGACAGAGAGAUCCUCCGAGCCAUCUUCCCCACUGGGGACAGUAAGGUGGUGCUGCCGUGCAACUUGGCCAGAAUGAUCUGGAAUGCUCAGAAGAUCUUCCGCAUCAACACUCGAACCCCGACAGACCUCAAUCCUCUAAGAGUGGUUGAAGGUGUUCACGACCUGAGUAAGAAGCUGGUGAUCGUGAACGGCGAAGACCCCCUUAGCAGGCAGGCCCAGGCGAACGCCACUUUGCUCUUCAACAUCCACCUUCGCUCCACGCUCUGCUCCAAACGCAUGACGGAGGAGUUCCGCCUUUCCACAGAGGCUUUCGACUGGCUGCUGGGAGAGAUUGAGACCAAGUUCAACCAGUCCAUUGCCCAUCCAGGUGAAAUGGUUGGCGCUUUGGCUGCUCAGUCGCUGGGAGAGCCCGCCACCCAGAUGACACUGAACACUUUCCACUACGCCGGUGUGUCAGCCAAGAACGUAACACUUGGUGUGCCCCGUCUCAAAGAGUUGAUCAACAUCUCCAAGAGGCCCAAGACCCCCUCGCUGACUGUUUUCCUGCUGGGUCAGGCGGCACGUGACGCUGAGAGGGCCAAGGACAUCCUCUGUCGACUGGAGCACACCACACUGCGAAAGGUGACGGCCAACACCGCCAUCUACUACGACCCGAACCCCCAGAACACAGUGGUGGCCGAGGAUCAGGAGUGGGUCAACGUCUACUACGAGAUGCCGGACUUCGACGUGACUCGCAUUUCCCCAUGGCUGCUGCGCAUCGAGCUCGAUCGCAAACACAUGACCGAUCGCAAGCUGACUAUGGAGCAGAUCGCGGAGAAGAUCAACUCAGGUUUUGGAGAUGACUUGAACUGUAUCUUCAAUGACGACAACGCCGAGAAGCUCGUUCUGCGAAUCAGAAUCAUGAACAGCGAUGAAAACAAGUUCCAAGAGGAUGAGGAGGUGGUGGACAAAAUGGACGACGAUGUUUUCCUGAGGUGCAUCGAGUCGAACAUGCUGACAGACAUGACCCUGCAAGGCAUAGAGCAGAUCAGCAAGGUGUACAUGCACUUGCCCCAGACGGACAAUAAGAAGAAGAUCAUCAUCACGGAAGACGGUGAGUUCAAGGCCCUGCAAGAGUGGAUCCUUGAGACGGACGGAGUGAGCCUCAUGAGGGUCCUCAGCGAGAAGGACGUCGACCCCGUCAGGACCACUUCCAACGACAUCGUGGAGAUCUUCACGGUGCUGGGAAUCGAGGCUGUGCGAAAGGCUCUGGAGAGGGAGUUGUACCACGUCAUCUCCUUUGACGGUUCCUACGUCAACUACCGUCACUUGGCGUUGCUCUGCGACACAAUGACUUGCCGCGGUCACCUGAUGGCCAUCACCCGUCACGGCAUCAACCGUCAAGAUACCGGACCGCUCAUGAAGUGUUCCUUUGAGGAGACGGUGGAUGUGUUGAUGGAGGCGUCAUCACACGCUGAAAGUGACCCCAUGAAGGGUGUGUCUGAGAACAUCAUGCUUGGCCAGCUCGCCCCAGCUGGAACAGGUUGCUUUGACCUUCUGCUGGAUGCGGAGAAGUGCAAAUACGGCAUGGAGAUCCCGACGAACAUACCUGGAAUCAGCGUGGCUGGACCCACUGGAAUGUUCUUUGGCACCGUACCAAGUCCCAUGAGUGGUAUGUCCCCUGCCAUGACCCCCUGGAACACAGGAGCCACACCGGCCUACGGCGCAUGGUCCCCCAGUGUCGGAAGCGGCAUGACCCCCGGAGCAGCGGGUUUCUCCCCGAGUGCAGCUUCAGACGCGAGCGGCUUCUCUCCGGGCUACUCCCCCGCCUGGUCUCCCACUCCUGGGUCUCCAGGAUCUCCGGGACCUGCGAGCCCCUACAUCCCAUCUCCAGGUGGAGCCAUGUCACCCAACUACUCGCCCACCUCACCCGCCUACGAGCCUCGGUCCCCCGGUGGCUACACCCCUCAGAGCCCCGGCUACUCCCCGACAUCUCCCUCCUACUCCCCCACUUCCCCCUCCUACUCCCCCACCAGCCCCAACUACAGCCCAACGUCUCCCUCUUACUCUCCCACCUCCCCCAGCUACUCCCCAACCUCCCCCUCCUACUCCCCGACGUCUCCAUCUUACUCCCCAACGUCUCCAUCCUACUCCCCCACCUCCCCAUCGUACUCCCCCACCUCCCCUUCCUAUUCCCCCACCUCGCCGAGCUACAGCCCCACAUCGCCCAGCUACAGCCCGACUUCACCCAGCUACUCGCCCACUUCUCCUUCUUACUCCCCCACCUCCCCCUCUUACUCUCCAACGUCUCCAUCCUACUCCCCCACCUCCCCCUCCUAUUCCCCCACCUCUCCUUCUUACUCGCCGACAAGCCCGAGCUACAGCCCGACAUCGCCGAACUACACCCCCACCUCACCCAGUUACUCCCCCACCUCCCCCUCCUACUCUCCCACAUCGCCCUCUUACUCCCCGACCUCCCCCAACUACACCCCGACCAGCCCCAACUACUCCCCCACCUCUCCCUCAUACUCCCCAACCUCGCCAUCCUACUCGCCCUCCAGCCCACGUUACACCCCGCAGUCGCCCACCUACACACCCAGCUCCCCUUCGUACAGCCCCAGCUCCCCUUCCUAUUCCCCCACCUCACCCAAAUACACCCCGACUUCACCCUCGUACAGCCCAAGCUCCCCGGAGUACACCCCCACCUCUCCCAAAUACUCCCCCACCUCGCCAAAGUACUCCCCGACAUCGCCGAAGUACUCUCCCACCUCCCCCACCUACUCCCCAACCACCCCCAAAUACAGCCCCACCUCUCCUACCUACUCCCCCACCUCCCCCACCUACACCCCAACCAGCCCCAAAUACUCCCCCACCUCCCCCACUUACUCCCCAACUUCCCCCAAGUACUCACCCACAUCCCCUACAUACUCGCCAACUAGUCCUAAAGGUUCCACGUACAGCCCAACCUCCCCUGGGUACAGCCCCACCUCACCCACCUACAGCCCGACCAUCAGUCCCGACGACAGCGACGAGGAGAACAACUGAUGAGCUACGGAGGAGAAGAAGGGGAGGAAGCUGAGGAGGCGCCUGCAGAAACCCCGUCACCUCACAGGGGCCGACUUAAGGACAGCUGGAGGUGGCGGAGCUUUGCCGCAGGGGUCCCAUUUGUGAUCAUUUUCCUUGUUUCUUUGGGGAAAUCUCCACUUUGGGACUUCUGUAACCGCCCUCCACCUCCCAGUCUUGACCAUCUGUGGCAGUUGCCCCCUUUUGACCCUGAGAAAUAGUUAAAACUAUUAUGUGAAAGACUUGAACUGCUUUGCCUGAAGGAGGAAAAAAAAAAGGCUGCCUUUUGAAAUAGUUUUUUAAUUUCCACACGGGGUGUUGAAGUAAAACUGAAAAAUCCCAAGAGGGAAUGAAAAGGAGAGGAAGAUGUGGUGAACACAAAAGGGGAGGGGGGGAAAAACAGUCCCUUUUUAACUUUAUAGUUUACUGCAUCCAGUCUCUCUCUUGUUCUCAAUCUAAACGUUGGGUGUAUAGCUGUUUUUGGAAAGCGUACAUAUUGCCAAAAGCCUUUUUUUUGAGAAAUGGAUUGUAAAUCACUAAAGCAUAAGCUGUAAAGAAAACGGAGGCGUUGAAAGGUUUAGACUUUGUUUACUGCAUAUUUCACCAAGGUGUAUCUUGUUAGCCCCUCUCGCUGCUUUUGUAAAAGUACAGUUGCUGACUUUUUUUCUUUUUUUUUGUCGUGGAUGAGACAAGCGUUUGUCCUAUUUAAAAGAUUGGCUCGGACUAUGCGGACGAAGAAAAAGCUGGAUGACGAGCAGAAAUACACACACACGAUAGAAAAGAGAGAGAAACUGGCUUGCAGGGAAGAUAAAUUUCACUCCGAACAUCAUUUAACUACAUAAGUGUUACGUACCCAUCGCCCCUCCCCUCUUCCUCCUUCACACCCCAAAGACAAACCUGAAAGAUGUCAUGAAAAACACCCACCAGCACCCUCUUGUCCUCUUUACCAUUUUGGAGACUUGUGCAUCAAAAGCAAAAAAAAAAAAAAAAGAAAGAAAAAAAACUUUUCCAGAUAAUAAUCUUCCCUUGACACUGGGAAUUUAAAGAUUUAUAUUAAAAAAACAAAACUGUCAGAAUGGUUAUUCUGUCUUUAAUUUUGAUUCUAGGAGGAAAUGGGGCGCACGUGGACGAGGGAUACUAGUUUGGCGUUGCUGCUUUUGUCAUUGUUUGCAUGAGUAGCACAUGUUAAUACAUUUUAAUCAAGCUUUAGGUUGACAUUUUUUCCCCAAUCCCUCCCACUUCUCGUUAAUAUUCGUCCCAUUUCUGAUAGCUGACAUGUAUGCAGGUUUUUACCUUAUUUGGACUAUUCGAUUUAUUUAAGAAAACUACUAUUCUGUGUGAAUAUGAAUAGAGAAAAAAAUUAAGAUUCUUUUUUUUUUUUUUUGCUUUUCUCUUGUUCUGCUUUUGGUGACUUCGUAAACCUGUUUGCCGGAGGCUCAUGUUCAGAUACUGUGGAUGAAGGGGUGGAGGACGGAGUCUGUCUGAGCUGAGUUGCCGUGGCGACGCCUCGCUGCUCUUUUUUUACUAACAUUUGUAGAAAAUGUUGCAUGCUGUCACCGGGGUCGUGACGUCGCUUCAGUUAAAGGGCAAAAAAAAAAAAAAAAAAAAGAAGUUCAUUGCUCAAUUUUAAGGCUUUCAAUUUCUCGGGACACCAGAGGGCAACAUUUGUCCUCCUGUGAACCUUUUUCAUUUUCUAUUAAGCAGAGAUUGUCCAAAGAAACAGAACUUUUGGCCUCUGAAUUAAAAAUAAAAAGACUAAUAAUAAUAAUCUUACCCACUACAUUAGUGUGAACUUUGCUUUGAGUAUGGGUGCUUUUUCACAUGACUCUACCUAGUUGGACUGUUUGAGGGAACCGUCUGUCCGCCUGAUGACAAUGGAAACAUUUUUUUAUCCCCUUCACCUCCUCAUUCCAUUUGAUCAGUUUUUUGAAAUUCGUGGACUAGCUGGGUCUCCUUCCUCUUCCCCUCUUCAUCCACAAGUGAUCCUCAUUUCUAAAAUCAGUGUUUCUUUUUUUUUUUUUUUUUUCUACCAGUGUAUGUACCUGUGACUAUGGGAAUCGUGGGGAGGGGGGGAGGGAAGGCGUGUUGGAUCUGACUGGGAGUCCUGAGGAGAUAAAAAAAAAAAAAAAAUGCCACCAGGAAUCUUUUUGGUUUAUGUUCUGAAAAUGUUCAAAUGAUUAGUCAGAUUUUUGUGAAACAAAUGUUGCUUCCAAAAUGAUCUUGAAUUGAAAGGACUGCCAUCUGCUGGCCUUUUGAGAUAAAGCAGGUUUGGUAAUUGCACUUAGUAAAUAUUGUGGUGGACUGAAGCCCCCCCCCCCCCCCCCCCCCCUCCCCAAGACAUUGUGAUAUUUUGUCCACUUUGGUUGCAUCCCAAUCCUGUUGUCUUAACUGUGUGCUGUCCAGUCAAUUCAGGACAUCAGGACUCCCAGGUGGUAUGAAUGUCUUGAGUGUGUGUGCGUCCGAGGGCGAGACAGGGUUUUCAAACUGAGGAAAGACUUCACGUGUCUGGGCAAAGGAAGGUUUAACUUAAAAUUGCCACUGUAUAGAAAUCAAUUCAUUAUCUCAUUCUCUGUAUCUUUGUUCUGUUUGUUUUUUGACUUGGAAAAAAUGAAUAAAAGUUUUACUACA